CAGAUUACCUCAUAAUCUUUGCUAUGUCAAAACACUGUACAGCAGUAAGAAAAAAGUAGUUUUUGCGCAAGUUGUGUCGACAUUCCCAAACAGAAAAACGCCUUCGUCGUUUUCCCAUUAUAUUCUUUCAGUCUGGAGGCUUGGUUGGCUCCGCUAGAUGAACAUUAAUUUGACGAAUAAGGCAUCAAUAACCAAACUCCCGUCAGAAUGCUCGCGUAUGUCGGUGGUGCUGAUCAAUAAUUUCCACGAUCUGUGUUUGUACUUGAAGCCGUAGGAAGAGUAGUUGCUGUGAUUUCGGUGACGCAGCGCUGUUGAAUAGUCAUCGGUAGUCAGUGUAAAUAGCUAUAGCAUGCCACUGGACAGUGGAGUUGUGGGUAGUUCGGGAGGAAAGCAGAUUUCUUCAGCGGGUUGUGUCUGCGGUGCGGUCGGUGGGGCGUCAUCGGUCGGGGUAACUCUCCCUGUUACUGGUGUCAUUGGUCCGGCAAGCAAACAGCUGUCGGCGAAAAAAUCACUCAAAUUGUCAAGUUUGGCGGAUGAUAUGAUGGGACCACCAUCCGCGACAAGUAGCCAUCAGGAGGAGCCGUUUCGUGCUAGAUUACAUCAGCUAUUUUCGCAAAUCGAGAGGGAGUUUGAACUGCUCCACACUGAGAACAUAAGCCUGCAAGAAAAGUUGGACGCAGUCGCUGGAACGCCUCGUGAUUCGACAUUCGGCGACCGAUUGCUACCGAUGCAAGAUUCAUAUGAAGUGGAUGGUGCAGUUAAUAAAAGCUUCAAGUCUAAAUUGGGUAGCGCCGGAGGCAAGGUUAAAGCUAGUCACAAGAUUCGAGCUCAAACUAGCCGGAUCGUAUCGAGCUUCAAGGCUCAAUCUGUUGUAAGUUCGUUGGUGCGAGAGUUUAGUGGCCAUAAGGAUGGUGUCUGGCAGGUGACAACCAAAACGGGUCAGCCGAUCAUUGGAACUGCUUCGGCGGAUCAUAGUGCAUGCAUCUGGGGAAUUGAUACGGGACGAUGCCUGUUGCAAUACCAGGGUCAUAGCGGCUCAGUAAAUUCAAUCAAGUUUCACCUCAAUCGAGAUUUGGUGCUAACGGGAAGCGGAGACGCAACCGCACACAUAUGGCAGGCAGCCGUUAACUGGGAGGUUUCUGCUAGAAAGGGACAUUCCUCGGAGGAAGAACUUGAUGACGAAGAUGAACCGUACGAGGAGAAAGAACGGAUCGAUGUGUUGAGAACUCCAAUCUGUGAGUUUUCCGGUUCGGGUGGGCACACCUCAGUAGUUGUUGCCGCAGAUUGGCUGCCGGGAGGGGAUCAGAUGAUCACGGCUAGUUGGGAUCGAACAGCUAUUUUGUGGGAUGUGGAAACGAGAGAGCCACUUCAGCCGCUUUGUGGUCACGAUCAUGAACUGACGCAUGCUUCGGCUCAUCAGAGUCAACGGCUAGUGGUGACAGCUUCACGAGAUUCAACCUUUCGACUGUGGGAUUUUCGUGAUCCGAUUCCGGCUGUUUCGGUUUUUCAGGGCCACACAGAAAGCGUCACAUCUACCGUAUUCACCCGAGACGACAAGGUGGUAUCCGGUUCGGAUGAUCGUUCCGUCAAGGUAUGGGAGCUCCGCAAUAUGCGCUCUGCACUGACAACCAUUCGUACGGAUUCGGCCGUAAAUCGUCUUGCCGUUUCAUCCGGGGGAGUUAUCGCGAUACCGCAUGACAACCGUCACAUCCGGCUGUUUGACUUGAACGGGCAACGAAUCGCCCGUUUGCCCCGAACCAGCCGACAGGGUCACCGACGGAUGGUUUCCUCGGUGGCCUGGACCGAGGACGUCAGCUCGGCGUGCAAUUUGCUUUCGAGCGGAUUCGAUCGACGGGUGCUGGGCUGGGCGGUCAGUUUGCCACCUAAGGAUAAUUGAAAGGGUUCCGUUAACCAUUGCUAACAAGGGAAUAUAAGCUGUCUGUGUAACUAUUUCGAAUGGUGUAUGUGUAUAGACGUUUUACUAUCGAAUCGUUGUUGUUUCGUUGUCGAAAAGAUUCUCAUUAUUUGUUUGUUCAGGUCGAUGUACUAUUAUACAACUUCUAGUUAUAGUAGCGAGGGAGGAAGGUGGCAUUUGAUAAUUUAAUGGGUGGUUUAUUACUGUGUUUCUAUCUCUAGAUUAGGGAACGUAUUGUUCUACAUGUAUACUUUGACAAGGAUUUGAAAUACUGAAGUAAACGAUUACAAGUAAAAAGGAAUCUCACCAUUCUUGUAUACUCUCGGACAGUAGCAUUGAUCGGCGUAUUGAACACAAGAGCGCACGUUGGUAGGGUCCGUCACGUUUUGCAGCUGUUGAACUAAAAAUGAAGAAAUAUCAGGAUGAAAUGCCUUCAUAACACAACAUGUAGUGUUUUACCAUUUCACCACAACACAUCUACGCAGAUAUUUUAACUGAUCAUUUUCAGAAUAGAAACAAAAAUAUACCACCAAGUCAAUGUGAACUGUGAUUGCACUUUUUGGAAUUCGGUUGCCAUAUCAAUAAACAAACAUGAUUGCACUUUUCAGAAAGAUCGAACAAAAAGUGCUCGUUUUACUGCAGAAAAAACUUAACAAUUCAUGAUUUUAGCUGCUACUAUCAUGGUGCAAACUAAUUUUAAUUGUCACCAACAUGAGACAAUUUUAAUAUUUACUACUGUAUAGCAUUUUUCAGAAAGUAAGUCGAUAAAUCUCACGGCAAGAAUUGCAAAUUAUUCAAUUUGAUAAACAAAUGAACAUUAUUAUAGCGGCUCUUACUCUUCAAAAGUACCAAAUAUAUCAAUAAAUCGACAGAAAAAAAAACUUCUAUCGUUAUUACUGUCAGUAA